AUGAUAGAAGUAGAUUUCCGAUGUGGCGCUCCUACAAAGGAUAAUCAACAAAAGCUAGCCCUAAAAAAUCAAACAAAAGGGUAUAUGGAGAAAGAUAAUCAACUAAUGCCAGCCCUAAAAGGUCAAACAGAAAGACUACAUGAUAUUCAUUAUACUGGUAUAUGGAGAAAGAAAAUCAAAUGCACACUCUUUCUGUCUAUGUCCUUCUCUCUCUCCAAUCGGAAGCAAAGAUGGAUUCCACGAAGCUUAGUGAGCUCAAGGCCUUCAUUGAUUAGUGUACCCUUCCCUUCUCUCUACACCUACGCUCUGUUUCAUCCGCGAGUACCUCAAGAGUGGAAGAAGAGAGUGAUGGUUAUAUGGAGUAAACCGAAGCCCAAAGUGGAGGAAGAAGAAGAGGAUGAAGCGAUUGUUGAAUCUGAUGUAGAUCUUGAAGGAGACACUGCUGAACCCGACAAUGAUCUUCCUAAAAGAACCGUGAAGCUGCUCAAGAAGCUCUCUGAAGGAAAGUUUGAUGAAGCCAUUGAGCAUCUAACUCAGUCAGUAAUUUUUAACCCGACAUCAGCCAUUAUGUAUGGAAACAGAGCUAGCGUCUCCGUUAUGUUGAAGAAGCCAAAUGCUGCUGUUCGAGAUGCAAACGCUACAUUGGAGUAUCUUCUUCCUCUGUUACUUCCUCUGGAAGUAACUGCGUACCGGAUGGUUGCAUUGUGUGCCCAUCAACGAAUAGUACAUUUGAUUUUAGAACCGGAGAAAUCUGAGAAUGAAAACAUCUACAUCAGCAUUAGAGACAACAGGAAAACCGAUGCAGCGGCCGAGAUCAUCUUCAGUGGAAAAGCUCAGCCUGGAGUUACAGCAACGAAUGUCAAUGUAGACGAGGUGGAAAUGGUGGUGGCCGAGGGUUCUAAAGGAUUUGGUAAAGGUCUAUCGAAAGGGACAGCGUUCUUGGACUUCCUUUGCUCUGCUUCAGAUGCUUUCAAGUAGAGAGAGAUAUAUAUGUAAAGAUAUUAUCUUUGGUCUGGUUUUGCUUACCUACUUGUGCAAUUUGUGGAAGCAUUACCCAGAAAAAUGGAGAAAACAAAAAUACUUCAGUAAACGACUCACACCAUGUCUUAGUAUGUAGUGAUGGAUGUUUUUGUCUUUGUUUUUUUGUGUGUUGCCUCUUAUACGAGAUACUUUUUGUUCUCCGUGAGUUACAACUUAUAGUCUUCAAGCUUUUUCCCAGUAUAUAUAUGUUGUGUUUGACAUACAAA